AUAGUGAAAGAGACUUAGAACAAAAACUGGAACAGUGGAGGCUCUGGAGGAAAAAGGUUUAAAACUUAGUAGGACAAAAACAGAGUAUUUGAAAUGUUCAUUUAAAGAUGGAGUUACUACAAAUAAAAUGGUAUCUUUGGAUGGUGAAAUGAUUGUGAAAAGCAAUAGUUUUAAGUACCUAGGAUCGGUAUUACAGAGUAAUGGAGAAAUAGAUGGAGAUGCAUGCAGUAGAAUUAUGGCUGGAUGGAUGAAGUGGAAAGAAGCGAGUGGUGUGUUGUGUGACAGAAAAAUUCCAAUAAAGCUGAAGGGAAAAUUCUAUAAAACAGCCAUAAGACCAGCUAUGAUGCACGGAACUGAAUGUUGGGCAGUGGAAAAGAAAGAGGAACAACGAAUGCAUGUGGCGGAAAUGAGAAUGCUUAGAUGGAUGAGUGGAGUGACAAAGAAGGAUAAAAUUAGAAAUGAGUAAAUUAGGGGAA